GCUCGGGAGUCCUCCUUCACUCAAGUCUACCGACAAAGAGGAGGGAAAAUAUGCCAACUAACUGCUCCUGACCGUCAAAGCGGGUUUAAAUAAUGAACUUUUAUCGCCUGGCUCUUCUAGUGGCAGCUUUUGCCUGUACGUGUGAUGGCGUGCACGUCACGGUGCGUGAGAACCAGCAGUACGCCAUGCUCUUCCAGUCAGUGGUCCUCCCGUGUCAGUACCAGACAGCCUCCACCCAUACCCCGGUGGUGCAGUGGUGGUACAAGUCCUACUGCAGGGACCGCACCCGAGAGUCCUUCGGCCUGCCAGAGAGCGUCCACGCCCCGCAGCUGGGCGCCAGUUCCCAACUGGAAUGCCCGGACAGCGCCCGCACCGUCCGCGCGGUCGCUUCGGCCCAAGGAGCCUCCCUGACACUGUCGGAGCACUACAAGAACCGAGACAUCGCCAUCAUAAAUAAAGCAGACCUGCGAAUCGGCGAGCUGCAGUGGGGCGACAGCGGGCUGUACUACUGCAAAGUGGUCAUUGCGAAUGACCUGGAGGGCCAGAACGAGGCCCAGCUGGAGCUGCUGGUGCUCGGCAGGACAGCUCAGAAGGACGAUAUUCUACCUGAGUUUGAUGUGGAGAUUAUGCCAGAGUGGGCGUUUGUCGGCUGCGUGGCUGUGGGCAGCUUCCUGUUUCUGCUGCUGUUGGGUAUCUGCUGGUGCCAGUGUUGUCCUCACUCCUGCUGCUGCUACGUGCGAUGCUGCUGCUGCCCCGAGACCUGCUGCUGCCCCCGACACCUGUACGAGGCGGGGAAGAAGGCCAAGACUGCUCCGCCCGCUCCGGUCCCCGUGUAUCCCUACUACAUUCCUGGCGUUCCCGCCGUGAUGCCACUCGCCCCUUCAUCCCACAUGGACCCAAAAGUGGUCACCGUCCCCUCUAUGGAAAAUAACCUAGCUGGAGUGCGCAGUGGUUACCGACUGAAAGGCAGUCAGGACCAGGACUCACUGAAAGUUCUUUAUUACAUAGAGAGGGAGCUGGCUCAAGUGCCGUAUGCCGCCAAGAUGGCUGCACUUCAACCCAGUAGCCUAUCAGAGCUCAGCUCUCUCCACGAGGGAGGAAAUACAGAUUUCAGACACACCUACCAGACCGUCCAGAUGAAGGCGCUGCCUCCCAUCGCCGACGCCGAUGACCGGUCCAUGCUGGGAGGGGCCCCGUCCGCCCAGAGUCGCAGACACAGGCUCCGGGAUCGUGACAACCACUCGGACGAUGAGCUGGACAGAAGAUGGAACACUCACUCAGAGCACCUCCAGAGAAAAACUCUGAGCAGAAGAGGGCACACCGGUUCGCUGGACGAGCUGGAGGAAUUUGCCCGCUCGUACGGUUCCCGUAGCCGCCGUCCAGAGACGCUAGAGGUCCGUGAUUACAGCCCUCCGAGGCGUUCCUACAGAGACGUGGAUGACGGCUGGGCUCGGCGCGGCCCCUCGCCGUUACCGCAGAAAAGAAGGGGCACGUGGGACAGCGAACUCGCUUCCCGACCGCCCCGCCCCCGAGAUUACGACGACGCCUUCCUCAACCACGUGCUGGAGAACAAAGCGAGGAGGCCGGGCGGCGACAGAGGCAGAGCGGAUGAGGACAGUGACACCCCCUCCAAAGGCAGCUCCAGAGGGAAAGGCAGCAGCUACUACAGCCGAUCGCCUAGCAACCGUCCAGAAGAUGAGGAUUCUUUGCCUCCCUACUCGGAGAGGGAGGCGGAGCGGUACCGCAGGGCCGCCCAGAACCCGGACAGGUACCGCACCGGGUAUGACAGCUCAGAGCCCGGCAUGAGGCCUUUCUCGUAUACGCGACCUCGGCAGGGGAUGACCCUCCCGCUGCAGAGUGGCAGAGAGGAAGCAGACAGGAGACACAACUUGAGCACAGCACCGAGCAGGGAUUCACUGGUAGUGUGACGAGCCGCAUCACCACUUGGUUGUUUUGCUUCCAACCGUCCUCAUCUGCCGCACUGACUCCGCCCCUUUAACUAGGCCACAAACUUUCAUGCAAAUACUGUGCAGUAGGUUUGCACCACUCUAAUGACUUGAAGCAAUUGAAGGACUUUUCACAGUGCCAACAUGUGUGUGUCUUAUCUGCCUACUGAUAGUCUUAUUAUUACAACAAUGCAACUCAGGAUCAUUUUGUAUUUUUGUAUCUACUGUACAUACUGUGCUUCUUCUCAAGUGGAUACACUGAAGCUGACUGUAAAUGUUGUUCUGCUGAAUAUCUUUGUAUGCCUUAAAUAAAUAAAAAA